UUUUUUUUCUACACAACCCCUCAUUUUGAAACCUAUAUAGUAUGAAAAACCUGUAAAAAUUGAAAUCCAUACACCUCUGCUUCGCCGGAGAUUCUCAACUUCUUCCUCAUCGAUUCCGGCCACCGGAGAUCUCAGCAACGAACCAAUAUGGAAGAACAGUUUGUACUGAGGGUCCCGCCUUCUGUUGCAGAGCAAAUUGAACGUCUGUUAAAUGAGAAUGGUUCUGAUGAUAACUCACUGGAUUUGUCAUUCUCUGAUGACGGUAGGAGCGGCACAUUUGUCAUAGGAAACGACUGUUUUCCUGCUUCACUCUUGGACCUUCCAACUAUCGUGGAGUCGUACAAAACCUACGACGACAACGUUCUGAUCAAAACAGUAGACGUUGGCCAAAUGAUUGUGGUCGGAGAAGAGGUUGAUCCUCCGCUAGAUGUAGCGGAGUGCCGCCACGGUCUUACCCCUCCUAUGCGAGACGCUAGAAGACGCAGAUUCCGCAGGGAACCUGAUUUAAACCCUGAACUUGUGCAACGAGUUGAGAAAGAUCUUUUAAACAUCAUGAACGGUGGAACUGCUGAAAAUUUUGAUGUGGAUAUGACUGAACAAAAUGACAUGGGUGAUACGAGCGCUCAUAACACUAUGAAGAAAGCUGCACCCGCGCUUGCAGUCAAACAUGAUGUUGCAGCGGCUGGAACAAAUGUGGGAGAGCCUGAGAGAAGUGAUUCUGAUGACUCCGAUUCGUAUAUUGAUAUGGAUUAGAGCCAGUUCAUUUUUACUAUUUAAAAUCUGGUAUGAUCGUUGUUAUAUUCCUAUAUGAUAUAUUUUUUUACCAUGUUUUUCGCGUACCAUGGUACAUGCAAACUGUUUUUUUUUUCCUAUAUUCAAUGAAACAUUAUAUGUGGUUUAAUU